AAAAAAAAAAAAAAAAAAAAAAAGGAAAAAAAAAAUGCAGCUGUCCGACUGCGCAUCCCCGGGACUGAACAGGGAAAUGCUGCGCAAGUGUCCGGGCUGAAAGACGGAGCCGAUCAGAACCCCGGAGCUCCGGAGCGUUUCUUCCCUCCCUCCCUUCCUGCUCUCCACCACUCCUGUCAUUCCACAACGUCGGUGCCCCCCCACAAAAAAAAAAAAACAAAAAAAAAAAAAAAACCAACAGAGGGGUCUUUAAGAAGAAGGGAGGAAAAAAACCCCAAAACAAACAAACAAUAAUAACAAAAAAACCCAUCGCUUCCAACACGGUCACAACCUGCCAGUGAAGUAAAUUUCCUUCACAAUCAUCACGGAUUCUCUCUUGUGCUCCCCGUCUUCUCAAAACUCCCAUCUGCCCCUUGCUCUUUGUACAUCUUUUAAAGACUUUCAGAUCCCCCGAUACCCACACAGGCUCCAUUAACACCCUCGUUGUCAGGACAGCCAUUCAAAGAUUUACCAAACUCUCUUUCCUAUUACUUUCCAUACACAUCUUUCUAUCAUCAAACAUCUACCUUUCCUUUAACGCUCCCUGAAUCCUGAUUCUCCAGUGCUACUUGGCCACUAUUCCCAAAGUGCACACAUGGCCUCUCCCAAGUUGGGCCUGUCAGCCACAACCACCACCUCCUCUUCCUCCUCAUCUUCCUCAACCUCACUAGGCCCUCCACCACACCCUGGAAGCCCCAGUCGAGUACCUGAGGGUCCUCCAAGUCCUGUAACUCCCACCCCAAGCCCAGGAUUAACGUCUGCUUCAGCAGCACCUGUAAGGACCCAACUGAGCAUCGCUCUGAUCCUGGAGGAGCUCCGGGUGCUGCAGCAACGACAGAUCCACCAGAUGCAGAUCACUGAGGAGAUCUGUAGACAAGUGUUACGCCUGGGUGGGGACUCCUACACCAUAGAUACACCAUCCCAGCAUGUCCUCCCCCCUUUGCCUCAACUCUGUCUGGAAGGUAAUAAAAAUACAUCCGGCUCCGUAACCCAGCCAGCAGCACCGCAACCCACUACUUCUUUGGCUCCUCUCUUAUCAUGUUUCUCUUCCCUGCACCCCUCUCAAACAGCCAGCAAAACCACACAGCCAAGCACGUCAUUGUCUCACAUCCUGCAACCUCAUAAAUCCCAGUUUGAAGGAACAGGAAAGACUGGUCAGUCAUGGGAAACCUCCCAAUGCUCUUCUUCAUUCACAACUUCCUCUGCAGGUGUCUCAGUGCCUUCUUCAACCUAUGCUUUAGCUCUAUCCUUAGCGCUACCCAAUCGCUACCUACAUGAGAAAUCUUCCAAUACUACAACAGCAGGUGCGCAGAGUGAUUUGUCCUUUUUAAGCUCAUCCCUUACCUCACCUCAGUCUAUAAACCCGAACUCACAGUUGCAAGCUGCCACUGUCGGCAGCGACUCAUCCGCAUCAAGUUCCAACACUGCUAGUCGUCUCCAGCAUGUUUGUCGCUUCUGUGGAAAAGUGUUCAGCAGUGAUUCUGCUCUGCAGAUUCAUCUCCGUUCACACACAGGAGAACGGCCCUAUCAGUGCCCCGUGUGCUUCAGUCGUUUCACAACACGAGGCAAUCUGAAGGUGCACUUCCUUCGUCACCGUGAACAAAAUCCAGAGCUUUCUCUUUCACUCCUGCCACCAUCUUUAUUUGGGUUAGCCUUAGGAGCCAGUGGGGGAUCAGAUAUGGGACAAAUUACUGAUAGUUCUGGGAGUACCAGCGGGAUGAAUAUAGCACAAAAAAAGCGAAAAAGUAGGACGGAGGAUGAAACAUGUGGAGACAACUUGACAAUCAGUGGUAACAGUAGUGGCAUUUCUAUGGGGACCUCGGGUGAGUCAGCUCCAUCCACUUUGCCCCUACCGCCUAGUGUGGACCUAGCUUUGAUUUCACAUUCUCUCCUGCAGCUUAAUAGGGCUGCUGCUGCUGCUGCUGCUAGUGCUUCCUCUAUCCCAACCUCUUCAUCCUCCAGCUCUUCUUUGGCGACCUCCCUUCUCUCAAACCCUUCUCUGUCUUCAUCAUCUACCAUAGCUGGGUUAUUCAAAGGUGUCAAACAGCAGCGCUUUGAUGAAAACACUCCACCUUAUGCACCUCUGCUAUCUCCUGCUGCUUAUUCCCAACUUGCUCACCUCCCAAAGCUCCUUUUCUCACCUGUUUCAACUUCUUCAUCUACCCAAGCGGCCCACUCACCUCUCUACAGCCAUCCAUCACUGAGCUUACUACGCACUCAGCUACCGUCUAUUGCAGGAUCCCAACCACAAGCCUCUUCCAGUCAUUCGCAGCUUUCUUUUCCGAUUUCAUCCCUUCCCAAAAAUCCCAGUUCACCCACUACCACCAUUCAGUCCUUUCUGCCCACAUCCAUAGCAACUGCUACUCCCACAUCUGAAACCUCUAAGUUGCAGAGACUAGUUGAGAAGCUAGAGAAGUCCCCUUCACUUUCCUGCACUCCAUGGUUUUCCUCCUCUACUCCAACAUCCAUGUUGGAGAUUUUGUCAAGCACCACCACUUCAUCUACUGGGAGUUCAUCAAACACCCGCUUCACAAAUGCAGGCAGCUCCAUGACCAAUGUAGUUGCAUCUCCAUCAUCAAACAUCACCACAUCAGUUUCCCAAUUCACCCGUGAGAUGGUAGUUGCUCUUAGAAUGAGUGGCAAUGAAGGAAAUACCAUGAUGGGUGGUGUGCUACCAUCACCAAAUGCCACUGGUUCGACCCAUAACUUGACAACCAAUCAGUGUGGAGUGUGCCUUCGGGUGUUGAGUUGUCCUAGAGCACUGCGGCUGCACCAGGCCACACACCUUGGAGAACGUCCAUUUCCAUGUAAGAUAUGUGGGCGCUCCUUCUCUACCAAAGGCAGCCUGCGGUCACAUCUUGCUACUCAUCAUGCCCGGCCACCCAAUGUCCAAAACUCUUGCCCGUUGUGCCAGCGUAAGUUUACCAAUGCUCUUGUUCUUCAGCACCACAUACGCAUGCACCUUGGUGGACAGUUGCCCCCAGAUGGCUCAGAGGAGUCUGAACAGAAGAUCUCAUCUGAAUCUAAUCCCAGAUCCUUGCCACAAUGCCUUUCCCAGUCCACUGAUCAAGUCCCCCCUUCCAGCAAAACACCUCCUCAUGCCAGCCCUGUAAAGAGCCCAGAACCGAACUCACAGUUCCAAACUCAAACUCUUAAUUCAGCUCCUGUCUCUUUUAGCAAAAAACCAGCUGAGAAAAAUAGUGGUAAUUCUCCACCCUCCAGUCCAAAUCAAAUCCCCCCGGCUGACCUUAGCCCUGACCCAACUAUGGAUUCUAACACACAAAGCCCACCAUGCAGCUCUGAAGAUCCUCCUGUCCUUUGUGUCAGUUCACCACUAAAGGUUUCCCAAAGGUCAGACUCGGCUUUGCCUCCUAAUGAAGAUGACAAAGUCCAACAUCAAGAAUCUAUUGACAUGUUCAUUCCAACAUCUAACCCCUCACCACUUCUCUUUAGUGAUAACAAAAUGACAGAGUCACCCCCUUCAAUGAUGAUGGACCCCACAAAGAUGAAAGAAUCACCUAACAUUGACGCUUUCCUUGAUUCCAAACCAAACCCAGAGGACUUACAAAGCACACCCGUUUCGGAUGCUCCUUAUGAUUACACUAGUUCAACCUCUAACCUUAUGUCAACUGAAGGUGAUUGUGAUGCUGGCACAAAGGCAGCUUUGGGAUCACACUCCGACGCCGCAAGGCCACAAUCACCAGAACCCAUGAAGGAAGACAAAGGCCAAUCUUCUACAAGUGCACCACAACAACAAGAGCAAGUAACUGUGCCUGAGGAAGACCUCAAAAUGACUCCCCUGGUGGAGAAUGCAGACCCCAUAUUUGCUGACGUAAGGGAGGGUUUGCACAAGCAAGCCACGUCUGUCAGGGAGACCGGCCAAAGCUUUCUCUUUGGUUCAUAUGGGAGGGAAGACCAGGCGGAUGCCAGUAAAAUGAGUGGACUGGUUUCAAACGAAGCUCUGGAGGCUUCGGUGCCCAUUAGCCUUGCUCCAACCCUCCCAUCUCCAAUGUCCCGUCCUGAAAAGAAAACGUACUGCUGUGCUGAGUGUGGAAAAGAGUACGCCAGUCGCAGUGGAUUAAAGGGACACAUGAAGCACCAUGGGGGUGCAGCCAAACCAUCCCGCCCACCGGCCAGGAGCAGUCGCUCCUCCUCCGACCAGAUUCCUUCGUCUGCAUCUUCUGUGUCCUUAAACAUUCCAGCCACCAGGAGCUCAGGGGGCUUCUGGAACCAGUAUCAAGCCUUCCUCAACACCAGUACUCAGUCAGCUGAUGACCAGAAGACUGUGGGUCAAGGUGAACAUAAAUCAGCACAGAAGACGACUGUAACCUCAGAGGAAACUGGGGAAGAACCAGAUAAAGAGUCAUAACUUAAGUCAGACUGUUUGGCUAGAAAAUGUUUUUGGUAUUUCAUUUUAUUGUUUGUCCUUAAGCACAACACUGCUGGCCUUCACAAAGCAUUGCUUCCACAACACAUUUCAGACAGUUUGAUAAUCAGUGUAAUAUGUUCAUAUGUAAAGUUUGUGAGCCAACCAUCUUUGGCUGUCUUGUGUUACAAAAGAGGAAGUAGUCCAAUUAUUACUGGGUUUUCCAGCAAUUGUCUCAAAGCCUUGAAUUAUGUGAUUCAUAGUACUAAUCACGAGCGUACAAGAAGACCCUGUUCCAGCAUCUUCACGAGUCACUGAAAAGUUCUUUAAAGAGCAAGUUUGCCCAUUUUCACGUUGUUUUUGAAACAUUUAGUGACUGUUGUGCCAUGUGUUGAAGCUCAUCCGUAUGGCACCAAAGAAGCUUAAGUAUAACCAAAAUGAACUGUUUUGGUAAUGCUUAGGUGUUGUUUUUUUGUUUUGCCUCCUCGCCAUUUCACCAACUUUUUUUUUUUGGGACAUUUCUUACCCAUAAUACAUCAGGUUGUACCCACUUUUCUGUGUUGAAUUUUCCAUAAUUGUCUCAUUCCUUCAUGCUCUGCUGUAGGGAAAUGUGCUUUCUUGGUUCCAGUACAUUUUUUUGUCUCACAGCAGGACGUUACUCACAGUUAUUGGGGUUGAGAACUCAUCUGUCAUCUCAUCUGUCUCAGAAUCAAAAGGCCCGAACACCAGCACUGGCCCAAUCAAUGUAACUACUGUGUAAUACAAAAUCUCAUGAAAACAACAUGUGGCUGAAUUUCAGUUUAAAGAGCGACUUACCUCUAUCACUCGCUACCGAGAGAAAAAAAGCGGUGUUGCUACUCGGGUUCAGAUUAGUUCUGCAUGUACAAAAUAGAAAUAGGAAGAAACAAAAGAAGUUCACAUUGAUACAGUGUGGUGAAGGGGAGCCGGCCCAAAAGAAACAAAAUUAAGAAUUUGCUUGGUGAGAGAAUAUAAAGGCAACACAAUGCAGUGCCGUAGGAAUACGAAGUCUUUUGCUCUUAUGUUUUUUGUUCAUUUUCUUGUGGGGAGGGGAGCACUGGUUCAUGUCUUUUAGUCUAUUUUUUUCUACUGUAUCGCUCGAUUGAAACAAAAGCACAUGUGCUGUUGUUGUGAGCCCGGCGCGGGCGCGGUCUGUCCUGUGAUGUUAGCCCUUCAGCUUGGGGAAUGUUAUUGUUACUGUUGCUGUAUGAUCCACGAGUGAGAUCUGUAACCCAUUUAAAGCUACUAAACUUACUAAACCUACAUGUUUAUAAGUAUAUAUAUAUAUAUUAAAAUCUAUGUCAGUUUGUUGUCAGCUGUACUUUAUGUAACCCCUAUAUUAAAAAUAUUCACUUUGGGAAG